AUGGGCUACUAUGAGAAGAACGUCCAAUUGCUGAACGAUGUGCUGAUAAGGGCUGCCGAGGACCAGGAGGCCGAAAUCGAUGCCGAGAUCGCCCGCUUGGAUGCUCUGAAGGAAGAUGACCUUGAGGAGCUGCGCCGAAAGCGUCUCGAGCAGAUGAAGAGUGUCCAAGCAGACAAGAUGAAAAAGCUUGCCGUCGGACACGGUGAGUACACCAUGAUCGAGGAGAAGGACUUCUUCGAUGUUGCGAAGAAGAGCGAGCGAAUAGUCGUUCACUUCUGGAGAGAAAGUACUUGGAGAUGUGAGGUCAUGGACAAGCAUUUGAGGCAGCUUUGCCAGAAGCACUGGGGCACCCGCUUUGUCAAGAUCAACGCCGAAAAGGCCCCGUAUCUGGCAGAGCGAUUGCACAUUUGGUGCUUGCCAUCUCUCGUGCUUUGCGUGGACGGCAAGACUGAACAUACCAUCGUGGGCUUCAGCGAGUUUAAGACUGGAGACGAGGUCACAACAGAUGAGCUCGAGGAAAACCUCGCGAAGUGGGGCGUCAUCAAGUAUGACUGCUGA